AUGAUGAAAAAGAAAGAAACCUAUACAAUCAUAACACCCAUCCCCUCUUGCGUGCCCCGACAACUGGCUCUUGACAUCCUGCACAGCCAUGGGGAAAUCAUCACUCUCAACCCGCUUGUACUCUCCUACCAGCCGAUCAAGGCCCCGCGGGAUGCCCCCGCAGAUGAGUAUUACUCGACGUGGUAUGAGAUCACCGAGCGAGUCCAAUACAUCCCCGGUCUAGGGAAGAUGGGCUCCGGCAAGAUCAGUUUCAAAGGGUGCUUCCAUAACGUUGCCUGGGGUCUACACACACAUACGUAUGUUCCCCUAGGCAUCGACCUUCUGAACAAAUAUCAUAUCGAGGGCAACCAGCCCGAUGAACCACUUGAUCUCCGAGAUCGCCCUAGUGGUGCACCAGACAGCGGGCUCUACCUACGUGAGGUAGUCAAGAUAUCAUGUAACAUAACAAUGAUGUCGUUUGUCAAAAAUCAGUUGAAGGCAGCGUCGAAGAUCUUGGUCGAUCGCUUGAUCAAGAAAGCUGAACUUCUCGACGCUGGCGUCCUGCAAGCCAUGAUGGAGAAUGGGAAACUCAAGACAUUUAACCCGGCCGAUCGAUCCAGUGAAAACCAGAUGCAAGCCUCCCAAAUGCCGCUAGAUCAGAUGUCAUUGCCAAGAUCAUCCUCCACUUCUACGCGAAGGGAGUCAAUGUCUGCGAGCUCACAGAUGAACUAUAACUACUAUCAGCCCCAGUAUGCGCAGGAGUCUAGUCAAAAUACAGCCGUUGAAUUACCGGGCAAUUACUAUCAACAAAACUUGCAGCGGACUGGAUCCGAGAAAUAUCAAGAGCUGCCAGACAUGGAUCGCAGACGGUAUACGAGCCCAGGAGGCCUCCAUACUCGAUCGUACUCGAAUUCAGAUACAUCCUCAAUUCCGCCCUUGAACUCGCCUCAAUUCAACAAGAAUUUUGUCGCCGAGCUACCUGCCUUCAAAGAGAACGUGGACGAACAGACAGGAGUCCGGAAAGACGUCCAUGAACUGUUCGUACCCCAUAGUUAA